CAAAAAUACAAGGCUACCCAUUGGAGUUUCCUCAUAUUUGGUUGCCAAAAUCCCUACUUUAUUUUUUCUUUCACUAUUCGGACCUUCCAAAGAUCUUCACCUAGAAACAAACCCCAACUGAAUCCUAUGCUUCACUCUAUUUUUGCUUAAUUGAUUCCCGAAAUUUUAUUUGUUUGAGUUUCUCUUCCUAUUGCGUCCAAAAGAUCAUUGCUUUCUUCCUUUUGUUCAUACGAGGUUUCAAAGCUUUGCCUUUCCCUCUCUCUACCGUUCAUUUUCCAGCUAUAUUUUUAGCUUUUGCUGUUGUGAAGUUGGGUUUCUUUAGGUGUGUAAAUGGCCAAUGCAUCGGGUUUUUUAACACCUUCGGCUCCGACCCUGAGGAGAAAGCUUCAGCCUUCAACAGGCGUUUCUCGAUCUGGGUUUUGCUUCUCUGUAGGAAUCUUUAGGAGGGUAGUGUGCUCAAGUGGCGUUGUAGGUUCUGGGACGCAUGUUUCCCCUUCUCAAUCUCGAGUACCCAAGCUUGUCAGUAAAGGCUGCAAGCUAGUUGGUUGUGGAUCAGCGGUGCCAUCUCUUUCAGUUUCCAAUGAUGAUCUUGCAAAAAUUGUCGAUACUUCUGAUGAAUGGAUAUCUGUCCGCACUGGAAUACGUAACCGACGGGUUAUUUCAGGAAAGGAAAGUUUAAGAAACCUGGCAGUUGAAGCGGCAAGGAAAGCCCUUAAAAUGGCAGAUGUUGAACCUGAUGAUCUCGACCUGAUUCUGAUGUGCACAUCUACUCCGGAAGAUAUUUUCGGUGAUGCUCCCAAGGUCCAAAGAGAGCUCGGCUGCACAAAAUCUCAACUAGCGCAUGAUAUUACUGCGGCAUGUAGUGGAUUUGUGCUGGGUCUGUUCUCAGCUUCUUGCUACAUUCGGGGAGGUGGCUUGCGUAAUGUUUUAGUAAUUGGAGCUGAUGUUCUUUCUCGAUUUGUUGAUUGGGCCGACAGAGGAACAUGCAUUCUCUUUGGGGAUGCUGCUGGUGCUGUCGUAGUUCAGGCCUGUGAUUCUGAGGAGGAUGGUUUAUUAAGCUUUGAUUUGCAUAGUGAUGGUGAAGGUGCAAGACAUCUCGGUGCCCCCAUAAAUGACAACGAAAUCAAUGAUCUGUUGGGUUCUAAUGGUUCGGCAUUAGAAUUCCCUCCAAAAAGGUCCUCUUAUACCUGCGUACAGAUGAAUGGUAAAGAAGUCUUUCGCUUUGCUGUCCGAUGUGUGCCGCAAUCAAUUGAGUCUGCCUUGGAAAAAGCAGACCUCAAAGCAUCGGACGUUGACUGGUUACUGCUCCAUCAGGCAAACCAGAGGAUUAUCGAUGCAGUUGCAACACGUCUAGAAUUCCCACCGGAAAAGGUCAUAUCAAAUCUGGCUAAUUAUGGCAAUACAAGUGCUGCAUCCAUUCCUUUGGCAUUGGACGAAGCUGUUCGAAACGGGAAGGUGAAGACAGGCCACACGAUUGCGGCUUCAGGUUUCGGUGCAGGUCUAACUUGGGGUUCUGCCGUUAUCAGAUGGGGAUGAAAAACUGCCUUGCUGCUACAUUAACCAAUUAGAAAGAAAAGACUAAGUUCUCGCAAAGAGCUGCAAUCGAGGUCCUGGCUCCCCAAUCGAAAACUCUCGCCGAUAAUGCGAUUUUGUGCCUGCAUAAUAUCGACCGGCUCCAUUUUGUCCGGACGAAAUUGGUUUAUUGUAGUUGGCACUGCAAAUAAAUUCUCUUUUU